AUGGGAGUUACAGCUGUUCAAGAGGUCAUCAAUCAAGUCUUGGAGAAGCUGGAAGAAAGCCAAGUCCCAGUGACUGAUUACGCCCUCAGAUCAUCAGGGGCUGCUGUCAUUCCCGAAUGCACAAGUCCAUCCUUCCGGAAUAGGGCAGAAAAAGUCAUCUUGUAUUCCCUGCCACUGGUGGAUUAUGUGAGAUCUCCUGAGCUUAUUCUUGAGAAGGAAAAUCAUCUAGGAAACUGCUGGCCCUUCCACGGAAGUCAGGGACACGUCCUCAUCAAGCUCUCUGUGCCAGUCAUUCCCAGAGCAGUCACCAUGGACCAUGUCUCAGGGCCAGAGCUCCAUGGAGACAGUAUGUCCAGUGCUCCAAAGGACUUUGCUGUCUACGGGGUGACGGAAGAAAAGGAGGAGCAGUUCCUGGGACAGUUUGUUUUCCUGGCACCACUGAAUCCCACCCAGACCUUUCGGCUAAAGGUACGGGGACAAAGAGGGAGGAGAACAGAGAGGGGAGGAGAGCAGAGGGGAGGAGAGGAGAGCUGCACUUUGCUGGGGGAGAAGCUUCCGUGCCAAAGGGCUCGAGGCAGCAUUCUCCCGGAGAAUGCCAUGUGCCAUGCUGUCCCUCCUUCUGCUUUAAUCUCCUAA